GAAGCGGAAACACCGCGGGGCGGCGGUUCCGGAGGCGCCGCCGCCGCCGUGAGGGCUCUGCGGGAGGAGACGGAGCAGAGGGGCUCCGCCGCCGCCCCUUGCGCCGCCUCCCGCUCGGCGGAGAGCAGGCCGCCAUGCAUCCCGUCUUCCAGAGCAGCCGGCGCGAUUUCACCUUCGGGCCCUGGAAGCUGAGCGCCGCCCGGACGCACAUCAUGAAGUCGGCGCAGGCCGAGAGGUUGGCUGACGAAUUACACAUGCCUUCCCUGCCAGAGAUGAUGUUUGGAGACAAUGUCCUAAGAAUACAGCAUGACCAUGGUUUUGGAAUUGAGUUCAAUGCUACAGAUGCUUUAAAAUGUGUCAAUAAUUGUCAAGGUAUGAUCAAAGUCGCUUGUGCAGAGGAGUGGCAAGAGAGCAGGAGUGAGACUGAGCACAGUAAGGAAGUUGUUAAGCCAUAUGACUGGACUUACACAACAGAUUACAAAGGAACUUUGCUGGGAGAUACUGCUACAUUAAAGGUUGUUCCUACAACAGAACACAUAAAUACAGAGAAAUUGAAAGCCAGGGAACAAAUUAUGUUUUUUGAAGAAGUACUCCUGUUUGAAGAUGAACUCCAUGAUCAUGGAGUAUCAAGUUUGAGUGUGAAAGUAAGAGUUAUGCCUUCCAGCUUUUUCGUGCUGCUGAGGUUCUUCUUGCGAGUGGAUGGGGUACUCAUCAGGAUGAAUGACACGAGGCUUCAUCAUGAGGCUGACAAGACCUACAUGUUGCGAGAAUACACAUCCAGGGAAAGCAAAAUAUCAAGUUUAAAGAAUGUUCCACCUUCCCUGUUCACGGAACCUAAUGAGAUCUCUCAGUAUCUACCCAUAAAGGAGACAAUCUGUGAAAAACUAGAAUUCCCAGAGAAACUGGAGCCUAAACCAGAAACAUCACUGGAAACCACAUGUGAUAAGUCUAAAUAAAUGUGACUUUAUAAGGACUUGAAGUAGACUGGAGAUAAUGUGAUCACAGUUGUUGUCAUGGGGGGCGUUUCACUACUAGUGGAAUGAAGAAUUUGGCUAAUUUUUCUGUAGCCUUGAGAGAAAACAUUUCAAGCAGGUUUUGCUAAUGGUGUUUUUUGUUUGGAUUUUUUUUUAACCUGUGUCUGGAGCUGAUGAUAGACUGGUGGUGAGUUACAGUUUUCAGCAGCAAUGGAGAAAUGCCUGUUGGGAGUCUGGAUUCUGUUUAGUUCACCAAGCAGGCAGGAGUAUUGUCUGGACCCCCAUCCGCUAACACUUCUAUGAAGAUUUUGUUAUUGCUGCUGCUUCAGAUACUAAGAAACUACCAGAGUUGUAAAACUGGCAUGAUUUUAUUUUUACUGAGAAAUAAUCCAGAGUAAAAAAAAAAAAUCCUCUGCAUUUAUUUUGAUCUGUCAGCCCUAAACUACCUGUUUUGCUUGGCUUCCCCUACCAAUAACCAACAAAGUUACUUCUUGUACUUUCUGAUCCAGAGCCUCACCUAAGAAUAUUCAUUUCAUCUGAGGAUAGGUUUAAGGGUGGGGUUAAAAAUACAUUUGUUUGACACGAUAUAAAAGUAAAAUUAUUUGUGGAGCAUUAACUCCAGAGCAGGAGGAGAGCUGGAGGUUAACAGAGAGACACUGGUAAGUCUCUUCACAAAUGCUGGUUUAAUCUGGUGUCAGCUGGAGUUCUCUGGGCAGUUCUGGGACUCUCACUUGGGCUUGCUGUGCUGCUCCAGUCAUGUACAAUGCUGGAAAGGCAUUGCCCUGCACCGACCUUCUCUUGGAUGUGCACACAUGUGAUGGUUCUACUGCCCUGACAGCCAAAUUGCAAAACUGCAGUGGGGUUUAAGGCUGGGGAAGUCUGAUCCCUGAAGGAUGCUGGUGUUUGCAGUUUGAGGAAGGAGACCUUGUAUGGCCUUAGAAGGAUGCUAAUGAGUUCCAGAUACAUCAUUUUGGUUUAAAAUUCUUCUGAGUUCUAAUAUUCAUACAAGUGUGAUCACUUGUGUAGUCAUGGUUUCAACACUCUGUAGAUGAAGCUGAAAUACUUGUAUUGCUUUUGGAAAUCCUGCAAUGUAUUACUGGUUUGGCCUAAGAGUGGGGCAGCUAAGCAGGCUUGUCUGGGUUUGCUGCUAACACUCAUUGCAGGAAGCAAGGAACUCCAGUAAAAAGCAGCCUUGUGGUGCAAGGUGCUUGCAGAUAAGAACACCAACACAUUCUGAUAUCUUGGGGGUUUUGUUUAAAAAUCAUAUUCUACACUGCAUGGCUUACUAGAAGCAACCCACCACAAAACCUAGUAUUUGACCCUAUCUUUUGUGAAGUGGUUUUCACGUGGAGAAGACCCUGAGGUUUUCAGUGGGGGAAAAAGUCUACUGCCAUUUAGUGACUGUUUCCUUAGUAAAAACAACCCACUAAUUUCACUUUCAUUUAAGGCAGGCUGAUCUAAUGACUUCUGCAGCAGGUAGAAAGGCAGGAACUAACUGCAGUUUUUCCUGUGUCAUUGAUGUACCCAAACCAUGGAGAAGACAUUUCUCUGUGCUUCCAUUCCCUGUAUGUAAAAAUGAGAGUUAAUAUAUGCAUACCUCGCAGAGAGACUGUGAGGAUUAGUUUGUACAAAGUUACUGACUAGAAUAUUUUUUUCUGAAUACACCUUCAGCUUUAUCUUUGGAAUCCUUUGGAAAGGAUUACUGCAAAAAAAUUUUCCAUAGGAUGAGUGAAGAGAACCAAAAUGAAACAGUUUCUGAAAGAAGUUGACAGCCAUGAUAAUUAUCAGAUAAUUAUCAGACAUGAUCGGGGUGAAUGAAUUUAUGGCCACUUUGAAAUAGAAGCAAGGUCCUCUGUAUUCCCAAUUACAGUCCUAAAUUCUGUUGGCUUUUUUUCAUCUUCCUGCCCUUCUUUCCUAAACAGUUUACUGUCAGGAUGAAGAAGGGGGCUGCAAAUGAAUGCAGCGUGGAGGAAGUUAAAAUCCAUUUGGUAGUAGAAGAUUAUUUGGGUCCAUUCCAGUGAUAGAGGGAAGUGAGAGAACAGUGAAAAGGAAGGGAGCAACAAACAGAGGUGAAGAGAUCCUUUUCUGUUCGAAGUAAAUCAUGGCACUUCUUUUACUCUAAGCAUAUAUUAGUGCUUAGAGCUUAUAAAAACAACUUUACAGCUGGUAUGGCUGGGAGCAGUGCUCAUGCAGUGCUGGCAUAGAUCUGCAUUUGUUAAUUCAAACUGUGGUUUGGGCUUGGUCAGUGAUGGUAACAUUAAACUCCUUUGGGCUGAAGUAGAGUGUGAGGGGAAAGCCACAGACUCAGGAGGGAGCAGUAGAAAGGGCACUCUGCAUGUUUAGCUCAUGCUGUGUAUUUUCUCUUAUCCAUCAUACAUCCUAAUUUUGACCCAUCAGUAAAGUUUUGUGGAAUGAACUUGUAUCCUGACUCUAUAGAUCCGUGCUCUCCCUCUGUUCUAAAAGGUGCUGUGCAUUUCAGUGGAACACUCCUGUUGGGGACAUCACAGGAACACCUUUAGGAAGCUACAGUUAGAACAAGUUCAGAAUUAGAGCACCUUGUGACUUUCUUACACCACACAGAUCACCAAGAAGCAGCAGUAUAAACUGGCAUAGAGCAAGCUCUGUGGCACAAAAGUUCCACAGGAAAAUACCACUUUGAAUAAAUAACUUUAGGGGGGAGGGGGAGUGGGGUGAUUCUCCAGCCGUUUUGUGUCGAGUUUUAUGUGGCAGUUUAUAUUGUUCCUUGUAUGUUGCUGAAUAAAAUGUACCAAACAUUUUAUAGUUCUGUUUUUAACUGGGCAAAAUAAACUGAAAGAAAUACUCGUGAUGCUGAA